AUGAUGGCCAUCAAGCUGUUGUUCCAACAACGGGAAGAGACCAAGGAUCUAAUGGCUUCAGUUUAUGUUGACAAUUUCGUGUUGACCUACGACUCAGCUGAAGAAGCCCUAAAAGAGACGGAAAGAAUCCGAAGCAUUCUGGCAGAGGCAAAAUUCACUCUGACUCAGUUCUGCUCAAAUGAUCCACACGUCCAAGCUCAGCUGUCAGCCGAUCCAUCUCCAACGAUCACACAAGUCUUAGGAACUAGCUGGGACGUUGGGAAAGACGAGUUGAAGUACGAGAUCACCACGAAGACACAUCCUAAGCUGACCAAAAGAUUGGUGGCUUCCCGACUCGCCUCGGUGUUCGAUCCGUUAGGCGUUCUGGUCCCACUCACAUUAA